CGUUAAAUGCCAAUUAUCUUUCCCAACAGCAGUCAACUCUCAGCGAAAUGGUAAAAACGCCGCUUUUGCAACGUAACAUUUAUGUUAUUUACUCUGCUGUAAAAUAGCACAAUCCAUCGCUAGUUAACAUCUUUGUAAGGGAUGUUACCAAAUCGUGCAUAUAAAAAAAGGUCUCGGGCAGCGUCCGACAACUGACAGGAGCGAGAGAAAAAAACACCACAGUACCGCGAGAGAAAGGAGAGGAGAGGGACGGGAAGAAAGAGGGGCCGAUAUGGUGCGAUAAAUAAGAAAACAAAAGUGAGAAAAGAGUUGAUGUACAAAUAAGAGUUGAUGUACAAUUGUCAGAGGGAGAAAAGACGCGGAACUGCGAUCGAGUAUUGAGUUUGGAAAUAACGGCACACAAAUGGCCUUCGUUUAUGGGAUUUCCAUCCCCAGUUUGCGACCACGAAGACAUGAAGCUUAAGAUCUCGGUUGAUCCGGAGGCGGCGGACGCGGCCCCGGAGAAAAGGGCUUCCUCCGACGCUCCUCAGAGUCCCUUCGAGCGAGUCCUGGACGAGGUCGGCGGCGAGGGUCGGUACCAAAUCCUCCUGCUGUUCGCCUACCUGCUUCCGCUCUCCUUCUACUCGCCUUUCGGCUCUUCUUCGCUCCUGCUGAUGAUGACCACGCCAGACCACUCCUGCCGCGUGCCGGGGCGCCCGUCCCAUGUCAGCGAGGAGGAAUGGCGCAACAUGACGAUUCCGUGGGAGGACGGAGCCGAUGGGAAGCUACGACUGAGCCAGUGCCAUAUGUACAACAUGACGUACAGCGAUGCCCUGAGGCCUGGUCCCUCCUACGCUAUUGACACUUCUGCCAUCACUAGAUGUCAGCAUGGUUGGGACUACGACAAGAGCCGCUGGAGAGAGACCUCCGUCAGCUUCUUCAACCUCGUGUGCGACGACGCCUCCUCCGUCACCACCAUCUUCUCCCUCGCCGUCGCAGGAAAUGCCCUCGGUACUCUCAUACUCUCCAUCCUCUCCGACAGAAUAGGCCGGCGACCCGUUUUCUUCCUCACCGUCCUCAUCAACUUCAGCUUUGGUCUCCUGAACAUGCUGGUCCCGACGAAAGAACUGUUCGCGGCAGCCAGGUUCCUCACCUGCCUCGCUUUCUUCAGCUUUUACCAGAUGUCUUACAUCAUAGUCGUGGAACUCAGUUCGGGGCAUCUGAGAGGGCUGACGGCGGCGCUGUCCUUCGUGGUUGGCACCGUGGGCGUGUGCUGCGUGACCUUCGUCGCCUGGGUACUGGCACACUGGCGAUCCUUUGGCAUAGCCUGUCACGCACCGUCCAUUUUCUUCUUCCUGUAUUGGUGGUACCUUCCGGAAUCGCCCCGCUGGCUGCUGUCCAUGGGGCGCGUGGAGGAGUGCGUAGCCAUCAUGAAGAAGGUCGCCGCCACCAACGGCAGGGCGCUGCCAUCGAACCUGAGGGAGCUGCUGGAGGAGGCGAAGGCGGACGAGAAGAAGACGGCGUCGAUGAGAGACCUCCUCAGGCACAGCAGCCUCAGGAAGCAUUUGGUCAUCACUUCAAUCUGCAUAGUCAUCUUCUGCGUCGUCCACUCGGGCAUCAUGCUGAACCUGCACAACAUGGCGGGCAGCGAACUGGUCAAUUUCCUGGUUCUUUCGGUGGUCGAGGUUCCCGGGAACGUGGUCGGCGGGGUGUCAGCGCACUACUUCGGACGUCGCCUGACCUUGGGGCUGACACUGACUGUCACGGCCGUGUUCGCAGGCCUCGCCACCACGGCCAUCACGGAUCGAUGGCUCCUCGUGACCUUCUGUGGGCUGGCGAAGGUCUUCGUGACGGCGGCGGUGCUGGUGGUCUACAUGCAGAUCGGCGAGCUGUUCCCGACGGCGCUCCGAUCCCUCUCGUAUGGCACCACCUCCGUCGCCGGGCUGAGCGCCACGGUGUUCGUGCCGGCCCUGGUGUCCGUGGGCGCCACUGACCGAAAACUCCCAUAUUACAUCUUGUGCGGCCUCUGCAUCUUCGGUGCGGCAGUCAGCACCCUCCUGCCGGAGACUCUCGGUCGACCCCUCCCACAGACAGUCCUCCAGGCGAACCACAUAGGGCAAGACGAAUCCUUCUGGUCCAUCACCACCCACUGGACUCGGCGGAAGUAUGUUCCGAUCGGGGAGGCCACCGGCAAGGAGGCACGCAACGGGACGCCGAGUGUGGCGGCCGAGACGGGAAUCUGAAGCCCGCGAGCCUGGCUUCGGGCAGUCGGUCUGCGCGGCAAGGAGACAGGGUCUGGGGACGGACCAAAGGCAGUGGAAGGAUGGUUGAUGAAAACGAAACGAGGGAAAGAUGACGAAGGUAAAAUACCGAAAAUGAAGAGGAAAGAAGAAAUUAAAGGAAGAAAAAUCGAAAUGAAGGGAAAAUGAUGAGGAAAAGCUAAGAUAGCAAACAGCUGAAAAAAAAAUUAUGAACGAAACGACGAUGACGACAAGAAAAAACGAAAAGGAUAGAUAUAAGAAAACGAAGAAAAACGAACGUGUAACAAAGCAAAUUACCAAAAGCAAGAACAGGGAGACGAACAAAAUACUAAUAAGAAUUUUCAGAGACAUGCGUUUCUUUUUCAAGAAAUUUCAAGCUUUUGAUCAAAAUAUAUUUAUUUUUUUCAUUAAUUCUUCGUAUCUAAAACAAAACGAUUGCGCGAAAUAUUUUGUUUCCAAUAAAUAUGUAA